GACCCAAGUCAUUGAUUUCACCGCCUCUGCAAAAUCUGACAAAUUUUCAUAGAGGUGGCGUCCUGCCCUUUCUUUUACUUUAUUGUCAUCUGCCAUUUUGUUUGGUGAAAUUGUUUAACAACAAAUGCCUUUUGGACUGUGUAUUCAAUGUUGCUAUUUUAUUUCUUUCUUGAAUCUUGAUAUUGUUUGUGUUUGUUUUGAUUCUAUCUUUUGAUACCUUGUGAUAGUAAAGUUUAGAAAUUUACAUGUUGGGGUUGUAUUAUUUGUGUGUGUUUAGAUUUAGGUGAAACUGAAAUUCCCAUUUUAAGUAUCAGUAUAUUAGCAAUUGUGAAGUUGGAUUGUGCUUUGCCAACUUAAUUUUUAGCCUAAAAUCAAGAUUUGAUUUGGGGUUUCUUUGUAAUAGUUUGAUAAACAAUUUAAAGUUUCGAUUUUUAGUUAGUUGGGGGUUUAAAGGAUUGGUGAAAGAAGGUUUCUGUGUGGACUUGGUUGUUUGUUAGAUUUGUGGAGAUGGUUGGGACAAAUGCGGCAGCUAAGGGCUGUGUGGAGUCGAAUGGUUCGGGUCAAAAUGGAUUUGCGGAGCAGAAAGUUGAUGAUUUUCGUCGGCUUUUGGGAAAAGCAGAUGGUGAUCCUUUGAGGAUUGUAGGUGUUGGGGCGGGUGCGUGGGGUAGUGUGUUUACAGCAAUGUUACAAGAUGGGUAUGGUCAAUUUCGUGAGAAGGUUCAGAUUAGGAUAUGGAGAAGGCCAGGGAGAGCUAUUGAUAAAGCUACGGCUGAACACCUUUUUGAGGUGAUCAAUUCAAGGGAAGAUGUGCUACGGAGAUUGAUUAGACGAUGUGCGUACUUGAAGUAUGUGGAAGCGAGGCUAGGUGAUAGAACGUUAUAUGCAGAUGAAAUUUUGAAAGAUGGGUUUUGCUUGAAUAUGAUUGACACUCCACUUUGUCCUUUGAAGGUUGUCACCAACUUGCAGGAGGCUGUGUGGGAUGCUGAUAUAGUCAUCAAUGGUCUGCCAUCAACUGAGACUAGAGAGGUGUUUGAAGAAAUUAGUAAGUAUUGGAAGGAAAGAAUAACGCCACCAGUCAUCAUUUCCUUGGCAAAGGGUAUAGAGGCUGCAUUGGACCCUGAACCCUACAUAAUAACUCCAACUCAGAUGAUCAACCGAGCAACUGGAGUACCAAUGGAGAACAUAUUAUACCUAGGAGGACCUAAUAUUGCAUCAGAGAUUUAUAAUCAUGAGUAUGCUAAUGCUCGGAUAUGUGGAUCCGAGAAGUGGAGGAAAGCGCUGGGGAAAUUUUUGAGGCAACCACAUUUUAUUGUGUGGGAUAAUGGUGACCUUAUCACUCAUGAAGUUAUGGGUGGAUUGAAAAAUGUCUAUGCCAUUGGAGCUGGCAUGAUAGCUUCUUUGACCAAUGAGAGUGCAACAAGCAAAUCGGUGUACUUUGCACACUGCACAUCAGAGAUGAUAUUUAUAACUCAUCUUUUGUCAGAAAACCCAGAAAAACUAGCAGGUCCUUUAUUGGCCGACACUUAUGUGACAUUGUUAAAAGGUCGUAAUGCAUGGUAUGGCCAAAAGUUGGCAAAAGGGGAACUAAGCCUAGAUAUGGGUGAUAGCAUCAAGGGAAAAGGAACAAUUCAGGGUGUCUCUGCUGUAAAGGCCUUUUAUGAACUACUUAGUCAUCCUCGUCUAAGCGUCUUAAGUCCUGAAGAGAACAAGAAUGUUGCUCCAGCUGAGCUCUGUCCCAUACUGAAGACAUUGUAUAAAAUGUUAAUAGUCAGGGAGCUACCACUAGAUGCGAUCCUUCAAGCCUUAAGAGACGAAACAAUGAAUGACCCUCGAGAACGUAUUGAGAUUGCUCAGACCCAUGCUUUCUAUAUUCCAUCACUACUGGGGCAGUAGUGGGUAAAGAUUGCCUCUUACUCUCACACACAUUCAGCCUUCUCUGUUCCCCACAUGCAAUGUUGUUCGCUUUUUUAGGAUUACGGUUUUUGUAGUAGUAACUGUAUAAGAGAGUAUUUAUAUGUUACUAGGGGUGGACUAUCAGACGAUGUCUUAAAAUUUUCAUCAGUCAGCUAUGUUUGUUGUAACACUUUAGAGAUUUAGAGAAUUGCAUCAUGCUUGUAGUUACACUUGCUAGAGUACAAACUGAAUAUUAGCUAUGUAUGUUUACAAUAAUACCAUUUUUAAUUUGGCAA